UCUAACCGAGCACGUUCAACUGCUCGGUAUCAAUGUGGACUAAUGGUGUCAGAAAGAAUGGACCCGGAUUCACCUGCAGCUGCAGACUUGGAACAGCAUUGCGAGCCUGACAAAGAUUCAGAAGAGAUCAAUAUUGAAAGCAUCACGCAUGACUGCGCUCAGCAAGAUCAACCCUCUGAACAAUUAAAUUUACGAGAACGAGUACAACGGCUGGAAGACACUGUGAGAAAGAUGGUAGAUAACUUGAAAAAGAUCAUUAAUAGAAGAACUAGAAAUGAAGAAUUAGGGAGUGACAACGAGAAUGAAGAUGGCAACAAUAUAGACAUGUCUUUGUUGAAAAGAAAAUGCAGAGCUGCAUCAUCCGCUUCCGUCGCUGUGAGAGAGUUAGCUGCAAUUGUCUUUACAAAAGACGAAUUAAUUAGCAGCAGUGUACGUGGUCUGAAAACCCACAAAGAUAAACAAGCAAAGUCUUGCCUGCCACCAAAGAAGCUUGAAAAAUUACACAUCAUUAUCAAGAAGUACCAUGACAUUUCCAGUGGAAAGAGCAACCAAAUCCUGGGAGACAAAAUGAAGUAUUUGAGAGUACAAGGCAACCAAUGACAUUGCAUGAAUGCGUAUUAUAGCUAGAAGAGUAUGUUGAGAUGUUAAUUGUGCAAUACAGAGA